GGACAAAAUAAUACUCGAAUGAUUAGAUGUUUUAGAUAUCCUCCAACCACGUUUUCACAGAGAGCCACAGCAUCAUAGUAACACAAAGUCAGAAAUCACGUUCUCUUCUCUCUCCCUCUCUGCUUGAAUCGAUUUGUUCCAGGGAUUGUCGGAGCGAUUCGAUUUGAUUUUGAUCUGUGACAAUGGGGGCGACUAGCAUCGACAUGGAUGAAGGAGCUCUCGAGAUCGGAAUGGAGUAUAGAACUGUCUCUGGGGUUGCGGGACCCUUGGUCAUCCUUGAAAAAGUGAAGGGUCCAAAGUACCAGGAGAUUGUUAAUAUUCGCUUAGGAGAUGGAUCAAUGAGACGUGGUCAGGUCCUGGAGGUUGAUGGGGAGAAAGCAGUUGUCCAGGUUUUUGAAGGAACAUCGGGAAUUGACAACAAAUUUACCACUGUGCAAUUCACAGGAGAGGUAUUGAAAACACCUGUAUCACAAGACAUGCUUGGGCGCAUAUUUAAUGGCUCAGGAAAGCCAAUUGAUAAUGGCCCUCCUAUUUUGCCAGAGGCAUACCUUGAUAUUUCUGGAAGCUCAAUCAACCCCAGUGAAAGAACCUACCCUGAAGAGAUGAUACAAACAGGGAUUUCUACCAUUGAUGUCAUGAACUCAAUCGCUCGUGGACAGAAAAUUCCUCUUUUCUCUGCUGCUGGUUUACCGCAUAACGAAAUUGCUGCUCAAAUUUGUCGUCAGGCUGGUCUUGUUAAGCGGUUGGAAAAGACUGAGAACCUAAUUGAGGAUCAUGGGGAGGACAACUUUGCGAUUGUUUUUGCAGCUAUGGGUGUAAACAUGGAGACAGCUCAGUUCUUCAAGCGUGAUUUUGAAGAAAAUGGAUCCAUGGAAAGGGUUACACUUUUCCUGAACCUGGCAAAUGACCCUACCAUCGAGAGAAUUAUCACUCCUCGAAUUGCCCUCACAACCGCAGAAUAUUUAGCUUAUGAAUGUGGGAAGCAUGUGCUUGUUAUAUUGACAGACAUGAGUUCUUAUGCUGAUGCUCUUCGUGAGGUGUCUGCUGCUCGAGAAGAAGUUCCUGGAAGACGUGGAUAUCCAGGUUACAUGUAUACAGAUCUUGCAACUAUUUAUGAGCGUGCAGGGCGUAUUGAAGGAAGAAAGGGUUCCAUUACCCAAAUCCCCAUCCUGACUAUGCCCAAUGACGACAUCACUCAUCCUACUCCGGAUCUUACUGGUUACAUUACUGAGGGUCAGAUAUAUAUUGAUAGGCAACUUCACAACCGACAGAUAUAUCCACCCAUAAAUGUGCUUCCAUCACUUUCUCGAUUAAUGAAGAGUGCUAUUGGUGAGGGAAUGACUCGCCGUGACCAUUCUGAUGUGUCCAACCAGCUUUACGCAAACUAUGCAAUUGGGAAGGAUGUUCAAGCCAUGAAAGCUGUAGUUGGAGAAGAAGCUCUUUCUUCUGAGGAUCUGCUGUAUCUAGAGUUUCUGGAUAAAUUUGAGAGGAAGUUUGUGAUGCAAGGCGCAUACGAUACAAGAAACAUCUUCCAGUCUCUUGACUUGGCAUGGACACUGCUCCGUAUCUUCCCGCGUGAGCUUCUUCACCGUAUUCCCGCCAAAACACUUGAUCAAUUCUACAGUCGCGACGCCACAAGCUAAGCCUGUAAAGCAACCUCUAAAUUGCUCCAUUCUCAUUUUAUGUGGAAGUUGAAUCGUAUCGAGAGAAGAAAAAACAGGAUUGCUUUAAAAAAAACUCAGAGAUUUGUGAAUUUGGGAUUUUUAUUUUAUUUAUUUCCUUUGUAUAAUAAAGGUUUGUGUAGAGAAACGCUAUUUAUGAGCUUGUGUUUCUGUCUUCCAAACUGGUGAAUUAUAUCUUUUUGUUGUUGUAAUAAUCUCUUCCAUCACAUUUCGAUAUAUUUGAUCCAUUGUC